GUCUUAUUGACAGGAUUUGUAAAUUUCACUAGAGUAUGACGCAACUUGGAGCCAACAAGAUUGCUAUAUAUUUUUUGUUGAAUGCCAAGUCUUCAGUUAUAUGGCUAUCUUUGCAAAUGUUCAGUGAGAGAAGAAAAUUCCGGAAAAGCAACGAGAGAAGAGAAUUCAAGUAGAGGUAACAGAAAUCCACAGUAAUAUGUUAUUAAGAAAGCUUAGUUAAUAAACUGUUAUGAUUUCAAGGAGUUAUUAAACAGCUAUAGGACUGUUUCAGUAUUGGAAUCAGUAAAGAUGUGCAAUCAGUCAUUUUUGCUAAAAGAAAAGUUGUAAAAGGAAGCGAAGAUAGUUUGGGGGUCUAAUCCAAUUAAAUUGAUGUCCUCGUUGAAUGAAGCCGAUUUCUCAAUAUAUAUUUUAUCUUUCGUAACAUUAUUGGGCGCUGCAUCCUUGCGUGCAGUUUCAUGAUAGACAAGACAAAAUAAUUUUUUGUACUUCAGUGCGAUCGAAAUAGCUGCAGUAGGCGAGGGUUAAGACAUUGAUGCAUGGAAAAGCUAGUCUGAAAAGCCUAAAAAGAUCAUUUAUGACGUACAGUCACAUAUUUAGUCUUGUCACUUUUGAACCAAGUUUAUUUUACGAUACAGGAAAAAAAUAAUAACUGAAAGAGUCCAACACGAAAUGGACUGUCUAAAAGAUGUAGAAAGGCGUAAAGCUUUCUCUAUAUUGUAUAUAAAAUGAACGUUUCAGUUAUUUUCGUUUGCAUGCCUCCUCAAUAUCAAUCUCUCUACCUUUCCAUUUUUAGGGUUAAAUCUUUUAUAAUAUCUACCUGUUACUUGAGUAGAAAAAUCUUAAAAAUAAAGAAUUGAAAGUAGUAACAUUUUGCCAGCGUUUAUUGAGUUUUUAGAUAUCAAGAGCACUAUAGAGGCCAUAAAUGAAUGCAAAUGUCAAAAAAUAAUAUCGUUUCAAUCAAAGAUUUGACCCUGGUAUAAAUUAGCGAUGAUAUUUCAGAAUUACUAGGAAAAGAAGUAGGGCACAGUCCCCCCUUUCGAAAAGUAGUCCUGGGUCUAUGGCCGAUGCAGUUUUGUGCAAAACGGAAAAACAUUUAACUUAUAGCAAUCUAGCUUUAUUAUUUCGUAAAGCCACGAGCAAGGCAGAAAUUACUAAAACAAAGUGACACUGUCUUUAGGUAGGACACAGGCUAAAACGUCAAUGGUUGUGCAAAACAGGUCGGUCUUAAUAAAGUGAAUAUAUUUUCAACUUUUUCAACUUCAUGCCAGGAACUCGAGUCCCCGAUCCUAACCAUCAUCCUAUACCUGUGCUAAUUCUUCCUACAUGAAUAAGCGGAAAUUUCUUAAUGUGAUUAUCGCGAUUAUCAAUAUGUCUUAGCAAAUAACGCAGUUUAUUUCUAUUUUGUGUUUUCUGACUUAGGAACAUACAUUGCCGCCAGGGCUUCCUUUAUUUCAUAGGCAUCAUGAACGAAUCUUUUGUAGCCAACUUUACUUCAAUACCAUAAAUAAAGAUAAUUGGACCUAACAUGGAUCCUUGUUGCACAAAUUUGCUGAUUGUCGUUUAAAUUGAAGUAUUCGCAUUGAGUAGGGAAUAUUUGAGAAGUCUGUCAAUGAGUUUGGAAUAGACCCUUUAAGCCAUAACAAGAUAACGUUUUCUAAAAAAAGAUGCCAUGGUCGAUAGUAUAAAAGCUUUUGAUCCCUCUACGAUUUCUUCUACGCCAUAGUGUGGCUAAGCAUCAGAUAAAAACCCAUGUACCAGAUAAAAGCUGUAAUGGCACAGCAUUUUUGGACAACAGGUUCCUUAUCAUAUCGCAUUGAAUACUUUGUGGAAAACAUAGCAAAUAUCUUUUACGGAGGUAUGUCUAGUUUUUGAUUAGAGAAUUAUAUUUUAUUUGCUUUUAUGUAUAGUAAGACGGUGCUGAGAUUUUAAAUCACCCUCCCCUAGCUCAAUGUGGAUAUCUCUGCUACCAACAUAUCUCUUUUUCACCUUUAACUGCGGUGAAGCAAUUAUGAACCAGUAGUUUCAAGGCUCUCGCAGCAACCCCCUCUAUAAUUUUAAUUACCCAGCUUUUACAUCUAAAUAGCGUAUUUAAUAUCUAGGGGGAGGGUAUAAAACCUCUCAGCUUUUGAUAAAGGUUAAAAUGUUUUGAGUUUGGUGAAAAGCAUCUUUUAUGCGAAGGUUCGUCUAAUAUCGAGACACUUUUGUUUUGCCUUGUAACUUUGGCAACGGGUUUUUAUUUACUGGCACUGAUCCAUGUAUGGAGGUGAUGUUUGCAAAAUAGCUGACCAUCUUUGCGAGAAAGUAAUAAGAUUCCCAAAUUAAGACUGACAGAUCUGAGAUGAGGAUAAUCUUGCUUAUGAACUUCCAAUCUUAACUUCAUUAAUCUUCUUUUUGUCUACUUGGAGCCAAGUUUCUUCUCUUUAUUUUUCUACGGAAAUGACGUCAUUUUCCACACCAUUAUCCUUGAUCUGUAUCUUGUUUCAUUUUCAAACUGGCUAAUUGAAUUGUUAAAAUACUUUCUAAAUCUUUGAGUUUCCUUAAGGACUUGGUGGGUUCGUUUUUAUUUCAAUUUGUGAUCAAGGAAGACACUGACAUGACAAAGAAUCUUUCCUACUCUAAUUUGGCGAUGUCUGAUUUAUCGCCAGAGCCAGAAGUGGCUGCUAGACAACAGCCACUGAAAAGUUAUCUAAAGAAGAUGACAGUUGAGCCAGUUCUGUUUCUGUGUAUCGCGUCGGCGGUCAUUAAGUUUGUUAUUCUUCCUCAGUUCAUGCUGAACUCUAUCUGCCAGCGAGAUUUCUCUACAUCUGUUUGCAGCAACCUAACUAGUCCAGCAAACACGGGAAAGCAAGCACAAGUGCAAUCCACCACUGCCAAAUGGAUGCUGGCGCUUUAUUCAGUUUCAUUGUCCAUAUCUUUGUGCACAGUGCCACUUUUAGGGUCAUUCGCAGAUGCAUUUGGCUCAAAAAGUGCGCUGCUUUUUCAACUUGUUAUGUUUGACCUGCAGAGUAUUACAUACGUUGUUCUCUCGUGGAAAUCGGUCCAACCGGCCUACCUAUUCAUCUGCAUCAGUCUUGGGGGCCUUAGUGGAGAUAUCGUUGGAGUCACGAUGUUAACUUGUUCCUACCUAUCGCGAAUAACAACAGAAGAGGAUCGAACUUUCAGAUUGACACUUCUUGAUGGCAUUAUCAGCUUGUCACUUUGCAUUUUCACCUUCAUUAGUGGCUUUGUAAUUACUGCGUUCGGGUUCUCAGCUUCAUAUUUGUUCUCCUUUGGAUUCGACACGAUUGCUUUACUUUGGCUAAUCAUAUUAGUGAAAAAUGAUGUGGUUGGACAGAAGUCGGAGAAUGACAAAGAAGAGCAGCUAAAAGACUCUGCCAAUGAUAAAGACAAAGAUAUUGAAACAGAUACAUCACAGAACAGAGUUCACGAAACAAGUAAGCAAACGUCGAUGUCUAGAUUGAGAAGCUCUCUCAAUGAGUUUCACCCUGUUAAACACUUUAAGCAACUUAACGUCAUUCUGAGAGAGCAAGGCGACUCCAGAGUUAUUCUAGCCCUCUUGACAGCUCUCUUUCUAUCGACGAUUUGCCUGGUGGGUGAGUCGCUUAUUCUUGUCCUGUACAUCACAAAUCAACCAUACAACAUGUCGCCUGUUGAUGUCGGCUACUUGCUUUCGCUUCAAGGCCUUCUGCGAUUCGUCGCCGGUGGUGUCAUACUCAAUGUCCUUAUCCAACGUUUUUUGAAAUGGAGCGAUAUAAACAUAGGCAUGGCAUUCUUUGGUCUCGGUAGCAUUUACUUCAUCUUGCUUGGAAGUGCAACGUCAUCGCAAAUGCUCUUUGGUAUUCAGAUUUUGAAUAUAUUUGGGCCACUUGUUUCUCCCACCCUACGAUCUGUAGUUACUAAGAAAGGAGGUCCUCAGAACUACGGCACAAUUCUUUCAGUGGCGUUAUCAAUGGAUGCAGUUGCCUCGAUAGUUGCAACUGUCAUUGUUCAUACCACAUAUUCGUCACUGGUCGUGCAGUCUCCUGGGGCAUUUUGCUACAUUCUUGCUGCGAUAUCAUGCCUAGGUAUUUUACCCAGCUUCUUAGCCAAAAGGCUCAGUAAAGACUCGGGAGAGGAUUCUGCUAUCAAGUAGCUUGGACAAAUGUGAACCCAAUUCGCAGAACACGAAAAGCAACAUAUGUCGCCUAACAACCUACCUGAAUUGGCUACAGACAUCUUUUCAUUUCGCAAUUGAGAGAUGUACAAACAAAUUUUCUUUCAAGAUUAACUCAAACACUUCUGCUCAGUUUUUGAUAAAUUUGAAAUGCAAACUUACUAUAUAUAACACUAGUUGAUUGCCAUUGAUGUCUUCAAAUUGCCCUGAUGUGAUGACUUCUCAAAAGAAGCUCCAAUCACUGCCAAAAUUACUUGGAACACCUAACACUUUGGGCUGUGCUUUUCUAUUUUUCAUUUGUUUUCUUGAAUACUACCACUUCCGCCCCCCUUUCCCCCCAAAACAAUGUUGAAAGUAUAGAAAAAUGUCAAACAAUCCACAAGAAAAAGCGUACUCCAUAACCCCUCUCUUUUUUCUAAAGUAAAUCAACAUUGUUCCUAGGGGGAGAGGGGGAUGGCUGAAUUUGCCUUUGAAAACCUACGUUAGUGUUCCAAGACUUUUGGCAGUGAUUGUCUGUCCCUGGUAAGAUACAACAAAUUCUCCAAAGAUAAGUCUGGACAUGGUUUAUUUUGACGGUGUAUUUUACUUUAUUACCUUUCCUAUGUAAUGUGCAAUUGCUGAUUUCUUUCAAAACAUUAAAUCUUUUGCUAGAAAUGAUUCUUCGUCCUUCUUUUCAAGUUUUUCGUGCACUGCUAAUGUACUCUGCAAAGAUUAUUCAAAUGUCCCGCGAUAUCUUCAAGCCUUUUAGGGCGCAUGGAAGCGUAGAAACUCAAACGCAAUUGGAAAGCAAAAGCGAAGGCGACUCGAUAAGAAAGUAUUGGAUGUAU